AUGUCUGGAGAAACGUCGAAUGCCUGUGCAAAUGAAAAAGUGGCUUUUAUCACAGGAAUAACUGGUCAGGAUGGUUCUUACUUAGCAGAGUUUUUAAUAGAAAAGGGAUAUGAAGUUCACGGGAUUCUGAGACGUUCUUCAUCCUUCAACACUGGCCGUAUUCAACAUUUGUAUGAAAAGCCAGCAUGUCAUUCGGGGGGAAGAAUGCAUUUACAUUAUGGAGAUCUGACAGAUACUACUUGCCUUAUCAGUAUUAUUUCUAAGGUGAAACCAAAGGAGAUUUACAAUUUAGGUGCUCAAUCGCACGUAAAGGUUUCCUUCGAACUCAGCGAAUAUACAGCGCAAGUGGACGCGUUGGGUACGUUGAGACUUUUAGAGGCUGUGAGGGUAGCUAGACUGGAGAAGCAGACGAAGAUAUACCAAGCGUCUACCUCAGAAUUGUACGGGAAGGUUGUAGAAAUACCACAGAAUGAGAAGACGCCGUUCUAUCCCAGGUCUCCUUAUGCUUGUGCUAAAUUAUACGGGUUUUGGAUCGUGGUGAACUACCGUGAGGCCUACGGCAUGUUCGCUUGCAACGGCCUCUUAUUUAACCAUGAGAGCCCCAGGCGAGGGGAGAGCUUCGUUACCCGCAAGAUCACCAGGGGCGUAGCUAAAAUUCAGCUCGGUUUGCUGGACUGUAUUGAGUUGGGGAACCUGGACAGCAAAAGGGACUGGGGGCACGCCAAGGAUUACGUUGAGGCGAUGUGGCUGAUGCUCCAGCAAGAGGAACCCGAGGACUUUGUGGUGGCAAUGGGCGAGGCCCACAGCGUGAGAGAGUUCGUGGAGAAGGCUUUCGGCCACGUGGGCAGGCGGAUAGAGUGGCGGGGGAGUGGCGUGGACGAGACGGGCCACGACGCCAGCACGGGACAGCUGCUGGUGCGAGUCAACCCCAAGUACUUCAGACCCACUGAAGUGGACUUGUUACUGGGUGACGCGAGCAAAGCCCAACAGAAGCUGGGCUGGUCGCCGAAGAUCACUUUCGAUCAACUUGUGGUGGACAUGGUGGAUUCAGACCUUGAGCUGAUGAAGAAGAAUCCACAAGCAUAA